GCCGCCGCCGGGCAGGCAGGAGCGGGCCAUGUCGGAGCCGGUGCGGAGCACGCCGGGGUCGCUGCCCCUCAGCCGCCUGGCCGAGCCGCUGCUCCGCAGGCUCAGCGAGCUGCUGGACCGGGCAGCGCCCGGCAGGGGCUGGCGGGACCUGGCGCAGCGGGCGGGCAGCCGCGGCAGGCUGCGGCUCAGCCCUCUGGAUUUAGAACAGUGUUCCCUCAAAGUCCUGGAGCCUGAAGGAAGUCCCAGCUGGAGUCUCCUGAAGCUGCUGGGAGAUCGGGGUUGCACUGUGGUGGAGCUUGUGGAGUUCCUGCAGGCCCUGGAGCAUACAGAGGCUCUCCAGUGUCUCAGCCAUCCAGGUAUAAGGAUUGUUGUGCAGCCAGACUCUCAAGCAGUGCUCUCUGGUCAGGUUGUCAAGCUGUGUUGUUGGGCAACAGGACACCCAUUUGUGCAUUACCAGUGGUUCAAGCAGGAAAAAGAGGUGCCCCGUGGUAACUCCCCAGAGCUGGUUCUGAACCCAGUUAGUGUGAAUGAUUCUGGCUUUUACAUCUGCCGAGUGAACAGUGAGUCUUCCUUUGCCUUCAGCCGCUGGGCACGACUCGAGGUGUGUGAUCUCCAGGGCACAUCUCAUGGGAGCUCAGUUGGUUUGCCUGAAAACAAGCUGCGCAUUUGUAUUCAGCCUCAGCCCCAACACCUGACAGUGGGGGAUGCUUUGGUACUAGAAUGUGGAGCUGUUGGAAACCCAAUUCCCAACUACCAAUGGUUCAGAAAUGGGCUGCCCUUGGCAAAUGGGAGCAAAAAUGUCUACGUGAUAACUUGUGUGGGUGUGGAACAUCAAGGGACAUACUGGUGUCACGUAUUCAAUGAUCAGGAAGAUCAAGACAGCAAGAAGAUAGAAGUCAUUAUAGGAAGGAAAGCUAUGGCAGUGGAGUGCACAGAAGAAGACUUCAGUGAUCUUCAAAAGCCAGCUGACCUACAAGAACAAUCAAAUCACAGACCUGUUGCAACAGACAAGGUAGCUCUGUUAAUAGGGAACAUGAGCUACUGGAAUCACCCCCAGCUCAAGGCUCCCAUGGUGGAUGUCUAUGAAUUGACCAAUUUGCUCAGACAGCUGGAUUUCAAAGUUGUUUCUCUGCUGGAUCUCACUGAGUCCGAGAUGCGAAAUGCAGUGGAUGAGUUUUUACUUCUGCUGGACAAAGGAGUGUAUGGUUUGUUGUACUAUGCUGGCCACGGCUACGAGAACUAUGGAAACAGCUUCAUGGUUCCCAUUGAUGCUCCAAACCCCUACCGGUCUGCAAACUGCCUGUGUGUGCAGAACAUCCUCAAACUCAUGCAGGAAAAAGAGACAGGGCUUAACGUGUUCCUGCUGGAUAUGUGUCGGAAAAGAAAUGAAUAUGAUGAUACGAUCCUUAUCUUAGAUGCUCUGAAGGUCACAGCCAACAUUGUUUUUGGAUAUGCAACGUGCCAAGGAGCAGAAGCUUUUGAAAUUCAACAGUCAGGGUUGGCCAAUGGAAUCUUCAUGAAGUUCUUGAAGGACCGUUUGUUGGAAGACAAGAAGAUUACUGUGCUGCUGGAUGAGGUUGCAGAAGAUAUGGGCAAGUGCCACCUGACCAAAGGCAAGCAAGCUCUGGAGAUCCGCAGCAGCUUGUCUGAGAAAAGGGCCCUAACUGAUCCCAUCCAACAAACCGCUUCCUCUGCAGAGGCUCUGGCACGGAACCUUCAAUGGGCCAAAGCUCAUGAGCUUCCAGAAAGCAUGUAUCUUGAAUUCCAGUGUGGUGUUCAGAUUCAGCUGGGGUUUGCAGCUGAGUUUUCCAAUGUGAUGAUCAUCUACACACGGAUAGUGAAGCAGCCCCUGGAAAUCCUGGAGUGCAGAGCCCACGUCACAGACUUCGCGCUCGACUUGGAUGUGGAUCCUAAAGAGGCAAAUAAAGGAACUCCUGAGGAAACUGGAAGCUAUUUAGUAUCAAAGGACCUUCCCAAACACUGCCUCUACACCAGGCUAAGUUCACUGCAAAAACUAAGGGAACACUUGAUCUUCACUGUUUGCUUGCACUAUGAGUAUCCAGGAAUAGAAGAUACAAUGGAGGAAAGAAAGGAAGUUAAUGUUGGGAAACCCCUUAUUGCUAAAUUAGGCCUUCAUCAUGGAUUCAGGAAUAAUAACUGUCUCCAGACCAGUUGUGUGGCUAAUAAUCCUUUUCACAAUCAAACAGACUCAAAUCCAGUGCCAGCUAAAUACUAUGUCACUAGUCAUUGCCAACCAAAUUCCUGUCCAGGCCUUUACCAUCGAAACCAUGUUUGCUCAGACAGCAUCAGACAACCAGAGACAUGUUCUUGCAAUGGGACUUCAAGGACAGCAGCUUCAAGACAUGAAGUAGGGAAUUACUCAUCCCCUGCGGCAGAGAGUAAUGUACCAGUGGAGACCACUGAUGAUACUGUUGAACUGGAAUUCCUUUUUUCUGACAGCCUCAAGUUCUCUGAGCAGCAGUAGCUGGGAUGUGUUUGGAACAGACCCUGGGACAGGGGACCCUCCACACUGCUCAUCUGUCUUCUGGACUUGGAGGGCUUCAGGACAGAGGGAUUGGAGAGUCUAGAGGUGGUACCGGGAAGGAGGUUAUGAUGAGAGAUUUUCACAUCCAAAGAGACAAAACUGGAGUGAUAGAUUUAGGAAUGAAAAGGGCAUGAUUUUUUAAAUUAUUUUUUUUUCUCCUACCGUUUGACAUUUGAUACAGGGAAAAUCCUGAGUUUCCUAUUCCACUCUCUGGCAGCUAAUGAACAGAGGCAGUCCUGCAUUGCAGGGAGGAAGCUGCCCAUCUCUGGUAGGGGAUGAAUGUGUAACAGCCUGGCUGUUAUGAGUCAGUUUCUCUUGAAAUAGUAAAGCCUUGGCUCUUCCCAGCUGCUUCUCCAGUACCUACUGGAGUUACAAGAUCUACUGUAAAUGUAUGUUCCAGAAAUCUUAUGUUUUCAAAGGAAUUGCUCAGUGUUCAGUUGACAUCCUCCCUGCUGGUGGGAUCUGGUUGGACACUGGAAGGGGCUGUACAUGGGCAGAGGAAGUUUCAGGUGGGAAUGCUAAUGCAUCUUUAACUACAUCUGUUGAUCUCCAAGUUCAUCUUUACUGAAAGGUGGAUUUUAAUGUAGUUAUUUCCAAAAUGACAGCCAUGAGCUUGAGUUUUCUAACUUUCUCCUUUGGAGGAUAUUAAGUAGUGAAAUAUUUAUUGAUGAAUGAGAUGUACUUGUGCAUUAAUUAAUUAUCAUGUGUAAUUUACUUGCAAGUCAAGAAUUACAGCUUGAGACAUGGUCUAGCACUGUAAUAUUAGCUGAUACUUUGUCAUCGUUUUCUAAUUUGUAUAAAAGCUUAUUUUGUUUCUUACUGUGAAUAAACUCUUGUCCACAAAA